AUGACGCAUCAUAUCCGCAUUUUAUUCGGGAGCGGGUACGUGUCAGUAUUUCUCUUUCUUUCUGCCAUGAUGAACACGGUAUCUACGGUCAGCCAUUAUCCUGUUCCCGAAGAAAUGGAGGAAGGCUCUGUUGUUGCCAAUUUAGCAACUGAUCUGGGAUUAGACGCGAAGACGCUAAAGGAAAGAGAAAUGCGUGUCGACGUAGUGGGCAAUAAAAAAUAUCUUGAUAUCAAUAAAGACACAGGAGAGCUGUUCAUUCUCUCCAGAAUAGACAGAGAAGUUUUGUGCCCCUUGAAAACAACGACGUACUGUUUUCUUAAAUUAGACGCUACCAUUGAAAACCCGAUACGAAUGUUUAAUAUCGAGGUGGAAAUCACGGAUAUUAACGACAACGCUCCUCAUUUUCGAAGAGGAACGAUGCACUUGGACAUCUCUGAAUCAAGCCCCGUUGGAGAGAGAUUCUCAUUGAAUAAUGCUGCAGACCCAGAUGUUGGAACUAAUUCAGUGAAGGAUUACCAUCUGAGCUCAAGUGAACAUUUUAGACUCGAGAUUCAGACCGGGAGAGAUGGGUCAAAGUUUGCGGAUUUGAUUCUGAAGAAAGCUUUAGAUAGAGAGCAGCAGGCUGUACAUAAUCUAAUUCUCACUGCUGUGGACGGUGGAGUGCCCACGCGCACAGGUACAGCCAGCAUCAUUGUUCGCGUGCUUGAUGUGAACGACAACGCCCCUUCAUUCGACAAAGACAAAUACAUUGUAGAUGUGAUGGAAAACUCCCCGAUUGGCAGUCUAGUUAUAAAAGUAAACGCCACUGAUUUAGAUGAAGGUUCAAAUUCUGAUAUUGUUUAUUCAUAUAGUUUAUAUACAUCAGAGAGAACGCAACAGGUGUUUAACUUGAAUCCAGAGAAUGGUGAAAUCAGAGUGAAAGAGAUGAUCAAUUAUGAAGAUUUUAAACUUUAUGACAUGGAAGUUAUUGCCAGCGAUAAGGGGCCUAACUCCUUAACUGGUCAGUGUAAACUGUCAAUUCAGGUGACAGACAUGAAUGACAAUCAUCCAGAAAUAUCUAUCAAAUCAUUUCAGAGUCCAAUAAAAGAAGACAUAGAAUUAGACACAGUGAUAGCUGUAGUUAGUGUCAGUGAUAAAGACUCAGGUGACAAUGGAGUAGUUGAUCUUCAUAUUCCAGAUAAUAUGCCUUUCAAACUGCGGGAGUCCUCUGAUAACUAUUAUGAAUUAGUAGUGUCAGAGCCUUUAGACCGUGAGAAGGUUCCAGAAUAUGACAUCACUUUCACUGUGACAGACAGAGGUUCUCCUCCUUUAUCUGACAAUGAAACUAUGACGUUAGAACUGCUGGAUGUUAAUGACAAUGUUCCACAGUUCCCUCAGUCAUUUUAUACUAUACGUGUAAAUGAGAAUAACGCACCUGGGGCUUUGCUCAGUUCACUCAUUGCGUUUGACCCCGACCUCCAUGAAAACCAGUAUCUAGUUUAUUUCAUCCUAGAGAAGGAGAUAGCCAACACCUCCAUGUCCAUGCUGUUCUCCAUCAAUCCAGAGAACGGUAAUCUUUACGCACUAAAAACUUUUGACUAUGAGAUCGAGAAGGAGUUUCUUUUCCACAUCGAGGCCAGAGACUCUGGCUCUCCUCCUCUCAGCAGUAACGUGACGGUCCACAUCAUCAUAGUGGACCAGAACGACAACGCUCCGGUUAUUGUCUCUCCGUGAGCGCACGGCUCUGUGGUGGAGGAAAAGAUCCCCAGAUCCACCGAUAAAGGCUCUCUGGUUGCCAAGGUGAUAGCCUUGGACACCGACUCGGUGCACAACUCUCGGAUUACCUACCAGUUUCUACAAGUGACUGACGCCACCUUGUUCAGUCUGGAUCAAUACAACGGAGAGAUCCGGACUAUGAGGAUGUUCAGUUACAGAGACCCUCGCCACCAGAGGAUGAUUGUUGUUGCCAAGGACAACGGGAAUCCCGCUCUCUCUGCUACAGUCACCAUCAAGCUGUCCACGAUGGAGACUGCCGUUAAGGCCUACUCUGACAUGACUGAGGUGCCUCUAGAAUAUGACAUCUUCUCAGACCUAAACCUGUAUUUGGUCAUCGGUCUGGGCUCGGUGUCAUUUCUCCUGCUCAUCACCAUAUUGGUCACCAUCGUGCUCAAGUGUCAGAAACCCAAGCCCAGCAAAGCGGCUCCUCCCUGCAGGAACAGUGUGAUCAGUGAGAGGAACUCCACCAUCGCAGAUUCCACUCUGGUCUCCAACGAUGCCUACUGGUACAGUCUGUUUCUAGCAGAGACCAGGAAAGGAAAGAUGGUGGUGAGACAGCCUGUGCCAAAGGGCUCCAGAUACAUCGUGUCCAGUUUACCAAGAGGAACAGGACUGACAGACACUAGUGACUCAGCAGCAUCCACUCUGCAGGAAUCCAGCAGCAGCAGCAGCAGUUCAACAUAAGGCCCCACCUCCAGCUGUGUACCGCUUUGAAUCGGAUAGGAAAGCUUCAGAGAGGAAAGGAGAAACCCCUGCCCAUAAACGCCCCCACGUCUAUCCUGCUCGGUUCUAUCCUUGCUCCUUACAAUGUGUAGUUUUCAUGCUAUAACACCAAGUGGACUAUGGUGGCUAAUUAAGGACCAAGUCCUCUCCCCUCUCUUUCUUUAAGCACAUGAAAAGCCAAUCAACAAUGCCUCUCUGUCCAUUCAAUAUGCACGAUAAGACUGCAUGGUUUUAACCUCACUCCAAGACCAUCAUACAAAAAAAAAAAUCAAGAGGAGAUACUUGCAAAGAAGCAGACUGUAUGCAAAAUUGCACCAGUGGAUAUUUAAAGAAGCCUCAACACGGACUAUUAGAGCGGACAUGGACAUGUUGAAAUGCCUUUAAGAGAUCGUUUUCCUCUUUAAAAAUGAAACACAUGUUGAAUACAUUAUUAACCUCUGUGCUUUGUCUUGCCCAUAACAGCAUUGAUGUAUAAUACACAAGUUAACUAAGAAGUGAAACAGCACAAUUAACUAAAUGUCUGAAAAGCACUAACAUACGAUUUUAAAGUAUGAAAGAAAAGGAAAUCAUUACAUUAUAGAUGUGGUAGCUUUUAGCAGUGUUAUGUUUUGUACUUGACGUUGUGCUUUAUAUGUGAGCUUGGACUAAAUAUGAGAGUGCUGAGAGAUUAAGUUAAGUUAGCCUCUAAAUCACACAGAUUCAAGUGAGGCCAUCAGCCAUUAUGUAUUUGCCUUUCAGUUGUUUUUGCAUGGGAUAAUGAAGUACUCUGAUAGCUUUAGAUAUUUUAUGAUAUUGAGCUUUCCAUUUUCUGUAGUUAGGUCUCAUUGUUUCAUAUUUUGAUGAGAACAAAAUUAGGAAGUGCAACUGCAUAAUACUUUUCAAAGGAUCAAGAAAGUUAAGUGUACUUUCAUCUUCAAUGUGUAGAGUGUGCUUGAAUGUUACUUUCACUUGUACAUUACUGGAGAAUACGAGUGAAACUGAACACAAGUGAAUGCAGUGAGUGUUUGAUAAUGGACUGAUUAAUAUCUACUCAUAACUACUCUGUAAACAUCACAAACAGACCAUGUACUUUCACUUUUUUAUUUUCAAAUCCAAACUCUGGAUGUUCCUUAAUUUCAAUAUCAUCUGAGAUUGUGUAACAUGAUGAAAACUCACGUAAUGACUUAAUGUUUACUUUAUAAUACUGAAUACUGGUUUCAACCAAUGGAAGCUGUGCUCAUGUGUAUUACUGACUUCAGUAUGUAUCUGCAUAAAUUGGGAUAUAUCUAUGAUUAACGUACAGUAUAGCAUGUAUCUGUAUCUUUGCCUUUAGUUAUCAGUACUAAUGCUGAACAGAAAAACAGUGUAACUCCUGUGCCAUCCGAUUUAUGGGCCAACAAGUAUGUUAAACAUUUCAAUGA